CACAAGAAAGCGCUGGGGACGAUCACAACAAACACCAGUUUGCUUCCAGUGACUGAUCUCUGAGAUCUGAAGUUUCACUCCCUUUGAUGUCCUCAACUCUCUGUGGCUCCAACAAGCAGCACAACACUUUCGCUAUAAAGUAACAUCGAACGUUAUCGCAGUAUCGUCACGUGGUGAUAAACCGCCGAACAAACAAAGCACUUCUUUCUUUCCACAAAUCUUCCUAAAAUCUCCCUUGCUACACCACACUACACCAGUGACGCGGCCAAUACACCUAUAACCAUGUCUGGCGAGUCCCUCCCGAUCUCUCCGGCCGCCUUCGCCGAAGCCAUCCAAGAGCUACCCCUCCCCGUCCUCUACGCCAAGGUCUCCGAGAUCCGAAAUUCGAUCGCCCACCUCCAUCGCUCGAACGCAGAACUGCAGACCUUCAUCGACGAGUCGUGUGAGAGUGACACUGAAAAGCGAGAGCUGGAGAGCUAUAUCACAGAGAAUAAAGAUGUGCUCACAUCUAUGAUGGAAAGGGUCACGCUACUCAAAACGGAGGUCGAGAAUCGCGGGCAACAGUGGAUCGAGCUGGACGAGAUAAAGGAGACAAAUGGCGAUACACAUGAGGCCCCUACGCAUUCAAGUCAGACAAAUGCUGCCUCGACGAGGGAAAAUGCUUCCGGGGAUACACAAGGCGGGGGACAAGAGGAGGAAGAGGAAGGUGUUUAUUUGUAGGGGAUUUGUUCUUGCAGCUUGCAUCGUGGACUCUCUCACUCAAAGGUUUCGAUUCCUAUGUUGAGAAAAUGUUUAUUGAAGUGAUUAAUUGGCCCAUAGACUUGUAUACCCAGGACAUAGUCAUCUUCAAUACAGUGCUACUAUCUAGUGAGG